AGUCCCAGACCCACACGAGCGGUUCUUCUUUGAACCUGUGCUUGCAAACCCCAAGUUCCCACACCCUCCUCUGAGCUAUCAGUCUCAGGAAAAAAAAAAAAACAAGCAGAGAGAGAGAGGGAGAGAGAGACUCGUGUGGUUUUCUUCCUCCCAAGCAUGUUGCUGUCUUUGCUGUCCUUUAUUUGAGUUUCUUUCUUGGUGAACAUCUCUUGGGGUCCUCCACCAUCUCUCUUUGCCUUAUUUUUUAAAGCCCUAUCAUCUUCAGACUUGCCACCAGAAGCGGCUAUUCAUCAACUCCUCCUCGCCUGCUCACAUCUCUGGAGUCCUCGUCGGGUCAUCCUGGUCCUUCGACUAAAACAAAGCAAAGCAACAAAUGGCUCCGAAUGAGCUAAAGCUCACGGGUGACAUGGGGUUCCUCCCUCCGGUAGCACCACCAUUUGUUACAGGCUCUACCCAUGGAGAGAGGGAAUGUUGGGGCUUUCAAGGCUUAGCAGAGGGGCAUGGGAAUCAUGGGGAUCGAAGGAGCAACAGGGAAGGCAAGGAGGAAGAAGCUGGUUAUGGUCAUGUUCACGGGAACGAACGGCAGCACAGGCCAUGUGCUAGGGGUCAUUGGAGGCCAGAUGAGGAUGCCAAGCUCAAGGAUCUUGUCUCUCAACAUGGUCCCCAGAACUGGAACCUGAUUGCAGAGAAACUACAAAGAAGAUCAGGGAAGAGCUGCAGGCUGAGAUGGUUCAACCAGCUGGACCCAAGGAUCAACAGGGACGAAUUCAGCGAGGAAGAAGAGGAGAGGCUGUUGGCUGCCCACAGGCUUUAUGGCAACAAGUGGGCACUGAUCGCCAGGCUCUUCCCUGGCAGGACAGACAAUGCAGUCAAGAACCAUUGGCAUGUGAUCAUGGCCAGGAAACAGCGGGAGCAGUCCAAUGCCUGCAGGAGAAGAAGGCCAUCUGCUUCAUCCUCUAUCCCUUCCCUGCCUCACUCCCUCCCUAAUAGGAAGGUGGUCAACCCCAGCAACAAUGCAUGCAGUGGUGAGUCAACCAUCACCAGCACCAGAGAUGAAUCUGCUUCCACUUGCGCAGACCUUUCUCUCGGUUCCUUCACCAGCAGGAUUGUUCCCAGCUUCCCUAAUGGAUACAGCCCCUCCCACCAGCCACAUUCGUAUCAAGCAUUCAAUGGGUCUGAUGGAAAGGUGGUGACUACGAGUAACAGGAUUUAUGCGAAGCAUGGUGACUCUGGUGGAAGCUUUUUCACACAUGGUGUUCCCAAGAUGUUGGUCCCAGGGUUUGAUCAGUCUGAUUGCACUGGCACCGGUUCAGCUUCUGGGGCUUCAGCAAAUGAAGCUGUGGUCUACCACAUGACCAACAACACUCUGCACCAUGGUGAAACAGAACAUGGGGGAGAGAAGAUCAGGUUGCCCUUUUUUGAUUUCCUAGGUGUUGGAGCAACAUAGGGAGGCUUAGUAACUCCUUAGGUACACUAUAUCUAUAAAGGGGGUCCUUCUAUAACAAAAGGAAGAGAGGUUAGAAAGAGAAAGGGCAAGGGGUGUUGAAGAACUCUGAUCGUGUGUUGUCUAUCCUCUGAGCUUUGUUUAAAUUUUCAGAUCAAACCAAUUGAUAUGAUGUUGCUUUA